GAGCAACAGCAAAGCUGAGGUCAAACUGCCCUAAGGAUGGACACCAAGGAAGCUGUGUUUGGGACAAAAAGAAAUCAAGAUAAGCAACAUGAACCGUGAAGACCGGAAUGUGCUGCGUAUGAAAGAACGGGAAAGGCGGAAUCAGGAAAUCCAGCAGGGCGAGGACGCCUUCCCACCUAGCUCUCCUCUCUUUGCUGAACCGUACAAAGUUACUAGCAAAGAAGACAAGUUAUCAAGUCGCAUUCAGAGUAUGCUUGGAAACUACGAUGAAAUGAAGGAUUUAUUAGGGGACAGAUCUAUACCAAAGCUUGUUGCAAUUCCCAAGCCUACAGUACCAACUGCAGAUGAAAAAUCCAACCCAAAUUUCUUUGAACAGAGACAUGGGAGCUCACAUCAGAGUAACAAAUGGACUCCAGUAGGACCUGCACCCAGCACUUCUCAGUCUCAGAAACGGUCCUCAGGCGUGCAGAGUGGACACAGCAGCCAACGGACCAGCGCAGGUGGCAGUGGCAGCACCACCAGCAGUAGCCAGAGGCAUGACCGUGACUCAUAUAGCAGUAGUGGGAGCAGUAGCCGUAAAAAGGGCCAGCAUGGAUCUGAACACUCCAAAUCACGCUCUUCUAGCCCUGGAAAACCCCAGGCUGUUUCUUCAUUAAGCUCCAGUCAUUCCAGGUCUCAUGGGAAUGAUCAUCAUAGCAAGGAACAUCAGCGUUCCAAAUCGCCUCGGGACCCUGAUGCAAACUGGGAUUCUCCUUCCCGCGUACCUUUUUCAAGUGGACAGCACUCAAACCAGUCUUUCCCCCCUUCGUUGAUGUCAAAGUCCAGUUCAAUGUUACAGAAACCCACUGCCUAUGUGCGGCCCAUGGAUGGACAGGAGUCCUUGGAACCAAAGCUGUCCUCCGAGCACUACAGCAGCCAGCCCCAUGGCAACAGCAUGACAGAGCUGAAGCCCAGCAGCAAAGCACAUCUUACCAAGCUAAAAAUACCUUCCCAACCACUGGAGGCAUCUGCUUCUGGUGAUGUGAGCUGUGUGGAUGAAAUCCUUAAAGAGAUGACGCAUUCAUGGCCUCCCCCUCUAACGGCUAUUCAUACACCUUGCAAAACAGAACCUUCCAAAUUUCCUUUUCCAACUAAGGAGUCUCAACAGUCUAAUUUUGGCCCUGGAGAGCAAAAAAGAUAUAAUCCUUCUUCAAAGACUUCAAAUGGACACCAGUCUAAAUCUAUGUUAAAAGAUGACUUAAAACUAAGCAGCAGUGAAGACAGUGAUGGGGAACAGGAUUGUGAUAAGACCAUGCCAAGGAGCACACCAGGAAGUAAUUCUGAGCCUUCACACCAUAACAGUGAAGGAGCAGAUAACUCCAGAGAUGAUUCUAGCAGCCAUAGUGGAUCUGAAAGCAGCUCUGGAUCUGACUCAGAGAGCGAAAGUAGUUCCAGUGACAGUGAGGCCAAUGAGCCAUCCCAGAGUGCAUCUCCUGAGCCUGAACCACCACCAACAAACAAAUGGCAGCUUGAUAACUGGUUGAAUAAAGUGAACCCCCACAAAGUGUCUCCAGCGUCUUCUGUGGAUAGCAACAUCCCGUCAUCUCAAGGCUAUAAAAAGGAAGGCCGGGAACAGAGUGCUGGGAACAGCUACCCUGACACAGGGGGACCGAAAGAAACGAGUUCUGCCACUCCAGGACGAGACUCCAAAACGACCCAAAAGGGAUCAGAAAGUGGACGAGGGAGACAGAAGUCUCCUGCCCAGAGUGACAGCACAACCCAGAGGCGAACUGUAGGCAAAAAACAACCCAAAAAGGCGGAGAAGGCAGCUGCAGAAGAGCCCCGAGGAGGCCUGAAGAUCGAAAGUGAAACUCCAGUAGACAUGGCCACCAGUAUGCCCUCCAGCAGACACAAGGCAGCCACCAAAGGCUCGAGGAAGCCCAACAUAAAGAAGGAGUCCAAAUCUUCCCCUCGACCGACAGCAGAGAAGAAGAAAUACAAGUCAACAAGCAAAUCUUCCCAGAAAUCGAGGGAAAUCAUAGAAACCGAUACCUCGUCCUCAGAUUCGGAUGAAAGCGAGAGCCUUCCUCCCUCCUCACAAACGCCUAAGUACCCCGAGAGCAGCAGGACUCCUGUGAAGCCCUCCUCCGUGGAGGAGGAGGACAGCUUUUUCCGGCAGCGGAUGUUCUCUCCUAUGGAAGAGAAGGAACUCCUGUCACCCCUCAGUGAGCCUGAUGACAGGUAUCCACUGAUUGUGAAGAUCGACCUGAAUCUCUUGACCAGAAUACCAGGAAAGCCUUACAAAGAAACCGAGCCACCCAAGGGGGAAAAGAAAAGUGUGCCGGAAAAGCACACGAGAGAGACUCAGAAACAACCCUCAGAGAAGGGUUCCAACAAAGGCAAGAGGAAACAUAAGAAUGAAGAGGACAACCGAGCCAGUGAGAGCAAGAAACCCAAAACGGAAGAUAAGAAUUCCGCAGGCCACAAGCCUUCCGGCAACAGAGAGUCAUCCAAACAGAGUGCUGCAAAAGAAAAGGAUUUGUUGCCUUCUCCUGCCGGGCCUGUUCCUUCAAAAGAUCCAAAAACAGAGCAUGGCUCUCGGAAGAGGACUAUUAGUCAGUCUUCCUCCCUAAAGUCUAGCAGUAAUAGCAACAAGGAGAACAGCAGCAGCAGCAGCAAAAGUGGCUCCUCCACAUCCAAGCAGAAGAAGACUGACGGGAAGACCUCCAGUAGCUCCAAGGAGACCAAGGAUAAGGCUCCAAACAGUUCUUCUAACUGUCCUCCAUCUACACCAACUCCAGAUACUUCUAAGCCUCGGAGAACAAAGCUUGCCUUUGACGACAGAAGCUACUCAGCCGACCAUUAUUUACAAGAAGCAAAAAAGCUAAAGCACAAUGCAGACGCAUUGUCCGACAGGUUUGAGAAAGCAGUGUACUAUCUCGAUGCGGUGGUGUCUUUCAUUGAAUGUGGGAAUGCGCUAGAGAAAAAUGCUCAGGAAUCCAAGUCCCCAUUCCCUAUGUAUUCGGAGACAGCAGAGCUCAUCAAAUACACUAUGAAGCUAAAGAAUUACUUGGCGCCAGAUGCUACAGCUGCAGAUAAAAGACUCACAGUACUUUGCCUACGAUGCCAGUCUUUGCUGUACCUGAGGCUAUUCAAACUGAAGAAGGAGAAUGCUCUCAAGUACUCCAAGACCCUGACAGAGCAUCUGAAGAAUUCUUACAAUAAUUCUCAAGCUCCGUCACCUGGCUUGGGAAGCAAAGCCGCUGGGAUGCCUUCCCCUGUGUCACCAAAACUGUCACCAGGCAAUUCCGGAAACUACUCUUCUGGAGCCAGCGGUGCUUCAGCAAGUGGAUCUUCCGUGACCAUUCCACAGAAGAUCCACCAGAUGGCAGCCAGCUAUGUUCAGGUUACAUCUAACUUCCUCUAUGCCACUGAAAUUUGGGACCAAGCUGAACAGCUUUCCAAAGAGCAAAAAGAAUUCUUUGCUGAACUGGAUAAAGUAAUGGGCCCUCUCAUCUUUAAUGCAAGCAUCAUGACAGACCUAGUUCGUUACACCCGGCAGGGACUGCACUGGCUUCGCCAGGAUGCCAAGUUGAUCUCUUGAACAGAACACAUUCUCGUUGCCUCUGAUUUUCUCCACAACACUGUGUCACCUCACGAAGGAAAACUGCCAUGCCACGCCAGCUAGACGACACUAAGAUGAGGAAUGGUUCUCCUCCCUCCCCGUCCGUGCGCUGUUUUUAAUAACCCCAAGCUAUCAUGUCAGUGGAUCCCUUCAAUGCUCCCAACAUGAAAAAUGAUUUAAAUGCUUUCAAGCCUGUAGCACAUUGAUGAGAUAGUUUCACUUGCCUGUAAUAAGAUUGAAAUUCCAGUUGCAAUUCAUAAGUAAUCAAUUGAAAUUUUAUUUAUUUAAAAAAAUGUUUUUUAAAGUUCCCAGAUUGGGGCUAGUUUAGUUAUUUCUACCUACAAAUUAACUGUUUACUAUUUAGCAUAAAUUUAAUGUAGACAUUUUUAUUUAUAUGUUUUGCGAGCUUUGUUACUUAAUAGUGUCUUUUUGUGGUAGCUCUUACCAAACAGUAAGCCUUGGUUCACCUUAGAUAUAGACAGAUCCGCUCCACACCUGCUACCCGAUAUUAUUUCAAAUCUCAACUACAGUUUUAUUGCAGAAUUUUUAUUUAGUAUUAAAGAUAAUCUCGAAAAAUCACUCAAGUAUGGGAAGAUGGCACCCUACGUGGCUGAAAAUGAAAUGAGUUCAAUUUGGUAUGCAUUAUUUCAAAAACUUGACUGUGUUAAUAACACUACAGCCUUCACAAGGUGACUAUAACGUGCAUCUAAUGCAUUAAAUUAAAGAAGAGGGCAGGCCGACUUUCGUUUCAUAAAGGGACAAUCUUGAACUUUAUGGAUUUCAUUAAAGCGCUUCUAUUAUCAUUUGACACUUAAUUGAAACAGUGAGUUACUGUUGUAAGAAGACGCUAGCUCCCAAGAGAGGCCGCGGAAUUUUCUAUAAUUGCCAAUGUAGGAAGGCUAAAAUUUCUCAUCGGGAUUCUUCUUAGCUUCCCCCAUACCAGACUUUCUUACUCCGAUGGGGAACAUGCAGUGGCUGACGUCAGAAUGGGGGCCCUUUGUGUGUGUGCUGUUGCUCUACAACUUAACCAUUCUAAUGCCUGCUGUAGAGGUGGUGAAUUUCUCCUUUCCAAACUGUUUUGUGAGGAAGACUUGGCUCUCUACUCCUGUAAACAGUUACAGUCUCAAAAACCCAUAGAAGGGGCCGCUGUGAGUCAGCAUUGACUUGACAGAAUGAAUUAACUUAUCUUGUAUUGACUCCCUUUGUAUGACGAGGGCCCCCUAAUGACAUGUGUUUCUGAUGGGAGUAGAGAAGCCACACUAGGAAGACCUCUACCUUGGUACAGUGUGAGUGCUCAGCAAGCCGAGGGGAGCAGGGCUGGUUUCAGAAGCCUGCCUCUAAGACUUGCAUGAUCAAAGUUCUUUUCUCUCUACAAAAUGCAUAUAGAGUCAAAGGGGAGACGUAUCCCUUCUGUGCUUUGUUUUCAGUGCCCCUAUCAUGUCUGGUGUGCCUUAAAUCCUACCUUUAGAUGAAGACACUGGAUUGUUUACAAGGUGAAGUUUUACACGAGGAACAGCUCGCCUUGCCGAGCAUGGUUGGUCUUGGGCAGCAAUCAUGGUUUUGGUUUCUUUUCUGUCUUCUUUUAGAGUUACAUAAAGAUGGAUUCUUUCAGAAAAGCUAACACUUGGGAACGUGACUUAGUCGAACACAUUGGGUGAUAGUGCUUCGGAAAGAAGUUUGGCCUCCAAAUUCCAAAAAUGAAUCCAAUCAGGAAGAGAAAAAAGAUUGCCCUUCUAUUUUAAGAUGAUGGUCAAGGCUGUAGGUGGGGAACAGGGAAAGGGGAUAGGAAAUCUCCAAGUCCAAUGGUGCAGCGAGUCCUCCGUGUUUGAGUCUCCUUUACACUCAUUUCUGGAGUUUGUAAAUGUUCAUUGUCCAGUGGCUUCUUCACAGAUUUGGACCUCAAUUUGUUGUUUACAUACCAUUGAAGAUAAAGAUCCACAAAUUAUUUCCAAUUUAACCUUUUCCUCAUGGAGAAGUAGUCUCUAAUGCUUUUCUAAUUUAAUCUUACCAUGUGUUUUAGAACCGUUUUCCUUCAAAGGACAAGAUAAUUAAUUUAGUCUAAAGACAAGAAUAACCUUGGCCAGGGCUGCGUUCUGUCCAUCUGUCAUUUCUCUGGCCCUGGUUCCUCAGCUUGCAGCGAUGUCUCAGAAAUGAAUUCAUAGUAUCAUCCAGGCGUCUGGAGUUUCCGCACCAGCAGCCAUGGGUGCCCCUGGGUGGCAGUAUGCGCUAGUCUGUGUGUCCUGAAAGGCAGUGGGGCAUUCUGGGACCACACUGCUACUUGGCGAAAGCAGAGCUUCCUGCAUGUUUUCUGGUGCUUUCUCUAAGAUACUCUUUU